UUGAGGAUGGCCACUUUCUACUAACCAGGAAGACAACAAUACUGGAACCGCUAAACCAUUCAGAAUCUACGUUGAAUAACACCCGACACCACCAUCACCCAAUGAUAUUGAAGCUUCUUCAAAUGAACAACGUUGUUCAUGGUAACGGGUCCAGUGUGCUCACAGCAGAAUCAGAUGCUAGCUAUCUCGACAACAACCUUAAUUUGCUAGCUACUAUAAUGUCGAUAAACUAGCUAACGUUAUGGUUUAAGUAAUUCAAAUAACGAUGUGCCAGCUAUAUAGAAUAUAUUCAUAUGUCAGUUGUCACCUGCAUUCUGACUAGCUACAGUUUUAGCGAGCCAGCUAAAUUAACCAACUAGGCUAAUCCCUACUACAGAAUAAUCCCAAUCUGACCAAAUGCUUUUUGUUUACCGCGCAUGUUAGCCAGCUAUCUUUAUUAGCUAGCUAACGUUGAUUUAGAUACCUGUAACGCCGUUCUGAAAAAAAAUGGCUUAUAAACUUAACGUUACUGGACAGAAACCUUUUGGAUAAUUAAGAUAUAGCUAUUAGCUAGCUAGCUAAUCAAUUGAAUUGCACACCAAUUUCUGCCGAGAAAACACUCACAUCAAGCCAAGGACAUCAUGGAGAUCAACCUCAACCGAGUUGAUUAUCUACAGGUAACUGAGUUGCAUGUAUUGCUAGUAUAACUAGCUAGAUUAUUCAACUGGGUAGCUUUUUCCUACAUUUUGACCCGUGAUCAUGUCACUAAUGUUAUGGCUAAACAGUAGCCUAAAUUGAGUGGAAAAAGAGUUGGACAGCUUGUUUUUUUUUGUACUCUGCCAACUUUGAUUUCAGUAACUAGAUUACUUGUGAUACUGACUGACUGGCUGUCACAUUCAUUAACACAGGUCGGUGUGAUAUCUCAGAAAACCAUGAGGCUCCUCCCUGCCUUGGGACGCAAAGCAACCCAAAAGGUACUGAAAUGUGAAUGUGCAUUAUUAGAGGUGACCCAUAAAUAGACCUUGUGGUUGGUUUUGAAUAUGCGUUUUGAACAAUGUCCCAAGCACUCUUGAGUUAGAAAUGUCAUUUUGUGUGUCUCAGGUUGCGGUUGCUGAUCAUGAUGGCGUGAUAACUUGUUUUGGGAUGAAAAAAGGAGAAGCUGUGGUAGGUAUUGAGUCUUACAUAUUUAACAACAUUGAAAUACUAGCCUGGGUGCCAGUUUGUUUUUGGGAGCCUACUCAUUCAUCACUGUUGGCUAAAUCAGAGCCAAACUGGCACCCAGGCUAGCAGAAUACAGCCACUUUCAAGGACUUCAUAUGAAUACCUACUGCCGUUGUGCCCAGGAACAAGGCACAGCUUAAUCCCUAACUGCACCAGGGAAGCUGCUCUGCAGCUGACCCUGUGCUGUUCGGUGGGAUGGGUACUGUGUCCUCAAAAAUACAAGUUUCCUUUCUCAUUGUGUAAUGAAUAAAUAAAGUUUCAUUCCAUGAAUGUUGAUUGUAGCUAUCUUUUCCAGCCUGUGUUCAAGACCUUGCCAGGGCAGAAGAUAACCAGACUGGGCCUUGGUGGGGCUCUUGGAACCCCACAGGAGAAGAUCUUUGUGUGUGCUGGCUCAGAAGUGAAGGGAUACACCAAGAAAGGCAAACAGUUCCUGUCCUUUGAGGCCAACCUUACAGAAAGCAUCAAUGCGAUGUGAGUUUUAACUUUUUGCUGUGAAUUAUAGGUUACCUUGCCUCGGUUCCAGGCCUUCUACACAUGUUUGUCAACAGUGAUGAACGAGACUUGGGAGUAUGGUUUUGCGAGAGUAUAGGCUAGCUUUUAUUAUUAAAGACACUUGGAGCGUUCUUUAAUUGGUUUAUAAAUAAGGGGAAUUGUGGGUUUGUUUUUGUGCCUACAAUGUGUUUUUCAGGCACGUUUCAGGAGCAGACCUUUUUGUGUGUGCGAGUUACAUCUACAACCACUACUGUGACUGCAAGGAUCAAGACUACUACCUGUCUGGAGACAAAAUUAAUGACAUUGUGUGCUUGCCUGCUGAGAACUUGGGCCGCAUUGUCCCUGUGUUGGCAUGUCAAGACCGAGUUCUCAGAGUGUUGCAGGUGAAUGGGUGAAUGGAAAUUGUGUAUGAGUACUGCAGUAUGAGUAUAUAAGUACUUCAAUGAGUACUUACAUUUACAUUUUAGUCAUUUAGCAGACGCUCUUAUCCAGAGCGACUUACAGAGUACUUCAGUGAGUUUGUGUUUUCUUGCCCAUAGGGAUCUGAGCUUGUGUAUGAUAUUGAAGUCCCUGGUCCUCCCUCAGUUUUGGAGCUGUACAAUAGAGAUGGAGGCAAGUAUAAAAUCCUUAUACUGAACUCAAAUUUCAAUUUCACACAUCCCUGUACUUACAGCAAACUGGUCUACUUCUACCCCACCGUCUGCUUUAGGGACUAAUGGCGAAGACAUUCUCUAUGGAACUGUGGAUGGCAAACUGGGACUGAUUAGGAUAACUGAUUCCUCUUCCUCUUCCAAAUGGGAGAUUGAUAAUGAGAAAAAGAAAGGAGGUACGAUAUUGUUAAAGAAGAUGUAAACUAGUAUAUGUUUCAUCUGUCAGAGACUCAGAGUAUCUAUGCACUGAAACACAAUUAGCACACUUAUUAACAUUGUAUGUUAUAAGAAUGUUAUUAACAUUGACUUAUCAUGUUGGGCAUCACUCAAUCAUAUAGCAUCAUUCCAUUCAUUGAGCUUAUUCCCAUUUUCUUCUUUUAUGGUUGUUUCUACUAGGUGUUUUGUGCAUCGACACAUAUGAUAUCCUGGGUGACGGGGUGAAAGACAUCCUUGUUGGCAGGGACGAUGGGACAGUGGAGGUCUAUGGGUUUGACAGCUCCAAUGAGCCCUCAUUGCGCUUUGAGCAUGUAAAUCCACAAAUCAUAUUUUUAUAUGCUAUAUCCUACUGGCCCUGUGCAUAUCAUCUGCAAUUCAGGGGGAAAAUUGACACUUUAUUUUAAUUCAAAGUUGAUAGAAAUGUCUUUAUGUUGUAAAAUGCGAUGAAAUAACAAACUUUCUAUCCUAAAGUUGAGAGAAUAUUGUAGAAAUCCAUGUCUUUGGGAUACUAACUUGUCCACCAGGUGUUAUUGGAGAGUGUCACCUCUAUCCAGGGUGGCUGUGUUGGGAAGGAGUCUUAUGACGAGGUUCUGACAGCCACAUACACAGGUGAGCUAUCAACGAAAGAAAGGAUUUGUUUUAUGCACAAGAGCUAUGGAAAAAAGAACCACUAGAGAGAGAAAAAACGAAUGUCCGCUGACUGUUUGCUGCUCACAAUAAGUGCUCUAUAGGAGAUACAGAUACAAUGUUGUGAGCGACUUGAAAUAAUAUGUAUGUGUCCAGGGUGGGUGACAGGGCUGACCACAGAGCCCCAGCAGGCUGAGGCAGGCGCUGGAGAGGAAGUCAAGAUGAGUCGAGAGACCCAGAGCAAAGUGGCAGCUCUCAGGUAUACUUGUGGACAGUUGUUGUUGUCACCUGUAUUUGCAAUAUAUAUCAAUGGAACUUUGUAAGCAAAACUCAGUGUUGGCAAGGUUAAUUCAACAGCCAAAGUGAAGUCCUGUGUGUAGCAAAACAUUUGUUAGCUAACUUAAAUAUGAGGACAGAUACUGUCUGUUGUUAUUGUUACAAUUCUCCCAGUAUGAACCCACAGCACAUGUCCCCCUCAGGGAAGAGCUAGACCAACUGCAGAUAAAGGUCGUUCAGGGCCGUGAGAAGUACCAGCAGACCUCCCAGUCUAGUACGGCGGUCUCCGCCAUGCCCGUGUUCAGCGUCAACGACAAGUUCACCCUGUGUCAGGACGACGCCAGCUACAGCCUCACCCUGGAAGUGCAGACGGCCAUCGACAAUCUGCUGCUGCAGGUGAAACAAAUUGACUUGACUCUGUAUUUAUGUUGUGUAUUGAACCCGAAAGAGAGGUUUGAAAGUUUCUUUGCAUGAGAGAGAUCUGCUAAUUAUACAGUACGACUAUUUGAUGACUUGUGGAUUUUUAUGUCAUGGAUUGUAAUGUUAGUAUUGUUUUCUUUACAGAGUGAUGUACCAAUUGAUCUGCUGGAUGUCGACAAGAACUCUGCUGUCGUGAGUUUCAGCGAAUGUGAUUCAGAGGUGAGAUGUCCUAGUACAGAGAGCAUACACAUACUACAAGUGAAUGCUUUAGACUCCUCAAAGCACUAAUUAUGCUAUCUGUUCCCGCAGCCAAAAGGCAAUUUUCUCCUCGUUACGUACAGAUGCCAAGCAAAUACUACACGGCUUGAGCUGAAGGUGAGAGUUUUUUUUAAGAGUAUGUUUUAAAGUCAGUUCUUACAGAUUUUAGCCCAAUAACUAUUAAUUUAGAAUUGUACUAAUGGCAAUUAAUAAAAACAUGUAAAUUGAAACCAUUAGAAGUACCACUCUCUAGUCUCCAGUUCCUUCCCAGUCCCACCUGCCUCUGCAAUGUGGAGGGGAACACUGCUGUGUGUUCUCAUGACUUGUGUCACAGCAUCUUCUCCCUUCUCCAGGUGAGGUCCAUUGAGGGCCAAUAUGGCACCCUGCAGGCCUACAUCACCCCACGCCUGCAGCCCAAGACCUGCCAGGUACGCCAGUACCUUAUCAAACCCCUGUCCCUUCACCAGAGAACUCACACCAUUGAACAGGACAGGUAAGGAGAAGGAUAAAGCACUAGUAUCAAAUAAAAUAAAUGUUUAUUGGUCACAUGCACCAAAUACAACAGGUGUAGACUUUACAGUGAAAUGCUUACUUACGAGCCCAUUCCCAACAAUGCAGAGUUAAGAAGUAAGACAAAUAUUUGCUAAUAAAAAGGAAAUAGUAACACGAUAAAAACAAUAAUGAGGCUAUAUACAGGAAGUACCAGUACUGAGUCAAUGUGCAGGGGUACGAAGUAGUUGACGUAAUUGAGGUAAUACAGUAUGUACAUGUGGGUAGGGGUAAAAGAGACUAGGCAAUCAGGAUAUAUAAUAAACAGAGUAGCAUCAGCGUAUGCGAAGUGUGAAAGUGUGUCUGUGCGUGUGUGUGAGCGUGUGUGCGCGUGUGUUGGAGUGUCAGAGUAGUAUGUGUGAGUGUGUGGGUAGAGUCAAGUGAGUGUGCAUAGAGCCAGUGCAAGGGAGUCAGUACAAAACAAUUAAGAUGAAUUAAUAAAUAAUAAAGCGGGUCAAUGUAAAUAGUCCGGGUGGCCAUUUGAUUAACUGUUCAGCAGUCUUAUGGCUUGGGGGAUAGAAGCUGUUCAGGUGCCUUUUUACAAAGACUUUGUUGUGCCAAAUUUGGUCAGUCUGCCAAAACCUAUCUGGGCUGUGCGGCAAUGUGAUUCCUUUGGCCUGUUAAUAACACUUUGCUUUGAGGACAACUUAAAUGAACUAACAAUAACUAACAUGAACUAACAUUUAAAACAGACUUAAUGGAUGCUAGACAGCUAUAAAAGAAAAAAAAGAAUUGACCCCCUAGGCACAUACACACACACAUGCACCCCGAGGGGUUGUGGCAAAUUGUCAGUCUGGAGCAGACUUGUCUUGCUCAAGGGCACAACAGCAGUAGAUGGCAUCCAGGGUACUGAUCAUAUCUGAGAGAGCAGUCAGCAACCUCCCAGCCACUGGUGCCGGAAGUUGAGUAAGACUAUAUGGUCCUAUAUGGUAAUAGUCUACAGAAAGAAAGACAGUGUUUGACUCAAUCUCACUCUUUUUCUGUCUUCUUUCAUUAUCUCCCAUUUUCUCUCCAUCCCCCCCAAACAGACCCAUGAACACUUUGAGUCUAGUUGGCCAAUUCAGCUUUGCAGAGAUCCACUCCUGGGUCCUCUUCUGCUUGCCAGAGGUCCCAGAGAAGACUCCAGCAGGGGAGAAUAUCACCUUCUACUUCCAGAACACUUUCCUUGGCACGCAGCUGGAAGCUACAUACUGGUUAGGAAUUAAAUUAAUUCAAUACAACUUAAUUUAUCCCCUUAGGGAUAUGCGUCAAUCAGAGUGCUUGGUUUAGUUUUCCCAGUAAUUGUAACCAAUGGAAUAAUCCCAAAAGUGCAAACUAAAGCUUGAAAUCAAGCGCACCUCUCAUACUUUUUGCCAUUGUACUUUAGGGAGAAUGAAUUAAGACUGUACAUUCAAUAUGGGUUUUCUUCUCCCCCCUUUGUCAUUUUAGUAAAGGGGAAGGCCACUUCAAGUCUGACAACAUUUCCACCAUCUCCAUACUGAAGGAUGUCCUCUCCAAAGAAGCCACCAAAAGAAAAAACAAUCUCAACAUUUCUUAUGGUAGGUCUUUAGCUAGUUACAUUAUUAUCUGUUUUUAGGCUACUAGUUAGAGUUAUUGACGAUGGAGUGAAACAGUUAUGUCUGUUCAUGAAAUAAAAAACAUAUUAUCUUUAUCUUGUCUCUAUCCAGGCCAAUAUAGACAAUCUCACAAUUGUAUUUGCGGCUCUAAUUUCCAGAUAUCAAUGACGAUUCAGUGGGCCACACACUCAAGAUGAUUCAUCCGAAGCUUGAGUAUCAGCUGCUAUUGGCCAAAAAGGUUCAGCUGAUUGACGCAUUAAAAGUAAGUACCAGUGUUGCAAACAGUGAUUUGAGAAAAAUGAAACUAGUUUAAUAUUGCAACUCUUGCUCACAUAUCGCUGUGUGUGUAUGCUGUGUGUGUUUGGUAGGAGCUUCAGGUUCACGAGGGGAAUGCUGACUUCCUCAUUCCAGAAUAUCGUAACAUUCUAGAUGAGUCUGCCUAUCUGCUAGAGGAAUACAAGAAACAACCAGCUCACCUGGAAAGACUUUAUGGUAUCUCAAUGUAUAGUUAUUGCUCUAACAUUCUCAUUUCACUAGAAUUAAAAACAAAUUAAAUGUUCAGCGAUCACAGUAGCCUAGCUUGCCAGGGAUCCUUAUCUCCUGGUGCAAAACGAAUUUAACAGUAUAGUUAUGCAAAACUACCAUGACAGUAACCUGUGUGUGUGUGUUUUUCCGUUUCCCCAGGUAUGAUAACGGACCUCUUCAUCGACAAAUUCAAAUUCAAAGGACAGAAUGUGAAGACAAAGGUGUCAUUGCUGCUGGAAGUUCUGGAUAACUACGAUUUGGAUUCUUUGAUGAAUUUCUUCAAUGAGGCAUAAUAUCAAACUUGAGCAAAGAGGAUGCAAACUUUGACACUCCAUUUGUAAUAGCUUUUGUUUUGUUUAGAGUAUAGAGUUUACUUUCCAGCUUUAUGUUUGUUUUGUGUAAGAUACUAGAAUUAUGUUACAUAAUCUGAAUUCUUUAUUAUUCUAUACUAUUCUACUGUAUC